AUGGAACCGAGAAUCCAAUCACUCCUUCUCGACGAUAACUUUACAAUAGACAACCAGCUGCCGUUUCCUCUCGGUCCUUUCGCCCAACACCACCAGUCCCAACACACUCACAACCAUUCCAGCCAUCAGCAUGGCUCGAGACCGUCCCCCGUAGAGCCCAGCGCCCCUCGUCCGGCGAGUUUUUCUCUCCAUGACAUCUACAACCCAAACGCGAAGGACUCGCAUCACCAUGCCACCUUCGCAGGCCGACAGCUGUCCGCCAGCUCUCGCCCGCCACCUUCGCCCCCGUCGACCUCCUUAACGCACGAGCAACACACCCAGCACAACCACCCGGGCGCCUCUUCGUCGCAACCCGCCGCGCGACCGCCUAAGUCUGUGCCGCUGGCCGAGGUGCUAAAUGGCCACGAGCAGACAUCAUCCGGCUUCAGCGGAUCGGUCAACGAGCUGCUUGACAACAGCGGCAGCGCCCCAGGCAACAAUUCACCUAAGAAGCGGCGAAAGGUCGACGGCAGUGGCAUGGGUGAUCAGAAUAUCUUCACGCUCCCCAAGCCCACGCUUCCCGUCAAGAAAGGCGCGCGCCGCCCACGCAUCCCGCCGCUGCUGCAGGGUCUGCACCAACCGCCGCCCAACGCAGGCCUGUUCCCGCCGAUUACGGGCGAGAGGGUCGCCAGGGAGGGGUGCCCACCGCCCCCGCCACCGCCUCCCGCGACGACGAAGAAUGCGAUGACACAGCAGCAGAAGCAGAAGUCGACGUCAACCCCAGCGCCUCGAGUGGAGCCCAGGGCGCCGGAAAAAGUGACGCCGAUCGAGUCCAAACGGUUGAGCCCGGUUCAGGAUGGCGGCAAGGCGCCGCCUAAAUCCACUGCGUCUGAUGCCGCUGCUGCAUCCAGCGCUAAGCCCUCGGCCAAAACCCAGAAAGCAGAGCCGAGCAAAAGGCGGAAGAAGUGGACGGAGGAGGAGACGACGACUUUGUUGAAGGGCGUUGCAAAGUUCGGCAUCGGGAACUGGAAAAAGAUUCUGGACUGUCCUGAGUUCUCUUUUGAUGGUAGGACGGCUGUGGAUCUCAAAGAUCGGUUCAGGACGUGCUGCCCGGACGAGUAUCGGAAGAUGAAAAAGCCCAAGGCUGGUGGUACGGAGCUAGAUGCUACGGCUGGAGCAAGCGAGGCGUCCACGGCAGAGACCGCGUCCGGCAAGCAAGUGUCCAGUCUGGUUACAUCCAACAUCCUCCUUCCUGGCCCGUCAAAUGGCCCAGUUAGAAAGAGGCGUGGCCCCAAAGUCCACCGAAAGGAUUCGCAGGCCCUGGCUUCUAUCGGCAUAGAGGCCCCUUUCACCAAGUCGACUCGAAGAGAGCGUCGAGAGUUUACGGAACAGGAAGAUGCUGCGCUACUGCGCGGUUUUGAGAAACAUGGUCCUCAUUGGCAUGUCAUUCGCAACGAUCCGGAUCUUGAACUAACCCAUAGGCACCCUACAGAUCUGCGUGAUCGCCUCCGCAAUAGAUGGCCAGAAAAGUAUGCCGAAGCUGGUUAUAAGAUUAAACUGAAGGAGAAGAAUAACAAGCAGGAGAACCAGGAUGACGCCGGCGCCGGCCCCUCGGCACCCGAGUCUUCCGAAGACAAGGAGCCCUCCAAGAGGAUGUUUUUGCAAGAUGACAAUGCUAUGCUCACUGCGAAUGUGGCACCACACGUAAAUCCAAUCGGCAUGACCAGGAAAAAGGCACCUGGUUUGAAAUCGCUUCUCACGAACUAUCCCUUUCCGGAUCCUUUUACGGAGGAUGACGACUUUACAUCAGAUCUUCCUUUUGAGGGAGAAUGUAGCCCUGUGAUUUUGAGCAGAGACAUCUUCUCCUAUGCCCAGGGGCAGCCCAAUGCUUUCGAUUUGUCUGUCAAUUCGCAUGCCGACCAUAGCCACAUCAACCCAUUGGACACGCUCAAGAUCCCAAAAACGUCCAGCACGACUCAGCAGCCGCAUUCCAGUACGAGCCUGCCACCUCUUUGGCUUCCUGCACCUCUGACUGCCGGCCUGUCCUCAAACUUGGGAUCCAACAUGCUGCUAGCAUCAUCCUCAGCACCGUCGUCGAGGUGUAUUGCUACAGCUGCUAGCACAAGUACGGCUGGAGGUGGCAAUAGUGGAACAGUCAGCCUUCCUGGCCCGGCCGAUCUGCUGAUGGGACUGGACCUCGAAGGCAAGAAUGACGGCCAUAGCUCGAACUUCAUCUGGGAGGACACCACUCCUUCUCGGCAACUAUUCGAUGGACGCUUGAACGAAGAGGAGGCGUGA